CUCUUUUCUGGCCACCCUGAACCAAAGGUCUGCUUGAAAAUAAAUAAAUCCAUGUCAACAAAUAUUGCACUUGGGGAAUUGAAAGUCAAGAAUCCAAAUUCAAGCCCCCUAGAGUCCGGAUUAUACCAUUGGCCAUGACGGAAUACUGGGUGUCUCAAGCUCGGAAGUUUUGCGAUACUUGCAAAUGUUGGAUCGCCGAUAACAAAUCCAGUAUCGAGUUUCACGAAAGUGGCCGCAAACAUCAACUCAACACGGAGAAACGGCUGACGGACAUCCGGAAGCGAUCCACCAUCCAGGACAAGAAGGCUGAGAAACAAGCCCAAUGGAUCGAGCAAAUGGAGGCUGCAGCCUUGAAGGACUACCGCAACAAGGAUCUGGCCCAAGGGGCGGAUUUGUCGGCCCGGAUCUUCCACGAAACCAAGGCCCAACGCGAGGCCGAAAAAGAGGCUCUAACCGCCUCCAUUUUGGCUCAGAAAGCCGAAAUCCAAGCCGGCCAAGACGAAAAAGCCACUGACCUUUCCAGUUGUGAGCGUGCCUCCUCAUCGACUUCAAAUGUAUCUACCAAUGAUCCGAUGCCCGGUUCAAGUUGUCUCCAGACUGUGGUGGCACCGAAAUCGGGCACGCCUUGGCAUAAAGACCCCAAAAAGUGGUUCGAGGCGGUCAGCGAACAGGGUCAUCAAUUCUUCUGGCACGUGGAAACUAAAGAGUCUCGAUGGGAUGUGCCCUCGGAGGGUUUUUUGUCUAUUGCUGAGCAAGCCGAAAUUAAGAAGAAAAAGGAGGCAGCCAAGGCCAAACGUGAGGUAAUGGCUCAGCAGAGUAAGGCUAUUCACGGGGAACACAAACAAGAGUACGUGUCCCCGGUGCCUUUGGGACCCAAUGGCAAGCCGCAACCCUAUGGAUCAUGGCAAGCAGUGGAAAGCGUGGAUCCGGACACUUUUGACUAUCAAACACCACAGGUCAAAGCGGCUCCUCAAGCGGCAGCCACCUUGCACAACGACCGAGACUACAACUUCAAGACCAAGGCCACGCCUUCAUUGGGUGGAACCGCGUCCACAAACCUCACUUCAUCCACCUCCGGGAUUGUUUUCAAAAAAAGAAAAGUUAACGCUGAACACAAAAAGAAUGUACGCCGAAGAACAGACGAAUGAAAUAUAUUUUUGAAAAAACA